AACGCGUUACAGAACCGCCUCAUGAACCUGAACCAGAAUACACAAGCCACACAGCGUUCACCUACUCUCCUCUAUCACCGCCUUUGAGCCUGCAAACAUCAUGGGACAUGCAGGAAUCAAGACCGUGAUUCUGCUGUCUUUUGUACUGGCAGUCGGUUUCCUCAUGAUAAUUCUCUCCUGCGCAUUAUACUCCAACUGGCUUCCAUUACUUGUCGCACUGACGUUUGUGCUGGCUCCGCUACCAAAUGCUGUGUUUGCACAUUGCGGAGGCGACGACUUCUCAACAGACUAUGAAGGCUCAGGGCCGGUGGAUCUUGGUCGAUUCAUCACCGCUAUAAUCGUAGUGACUGGUUUUGCACUACCUCUGGUCCUUGCCCAUUCAGAGAUAAUCAGGCCUGCGGCCUGUGCUAUGUCCAUAAUUGGGGGAGCGUUGGUGUAUGGUACGAUUCUGGCGUAUACCGCGACAUUCCGACAGGAAGAGUCGGACUACGAUUGAUCUUUGUGUAUGUAUCUACCUUUUGGACUCUGUAAUUCCCAGCUUGUUAUUCUUGGAUAUAAUCCUUUCCUGCAAUAUUUGCUUGUAGUGAAAGCAAGGGCAGACAAAUACAUACUGCACAUAGCC